AUGUCAACCCCUUCGUCUUCUUGCAGUGGCAAUAACUCCAUGUCUCUCCUCAAAACCCAACCACCAAGUCAUCCUUCUUCAGUUUCUGCUUCUUCAAUAAUAAACAGACACCCGAUUCCACCUAUUCUUUGCACGUCCAACAACACUAAUAGCAAAUCUGCUUUUUGGAAAAAAAGUACCACUACAUCAGUUCCUGGCAACAUCAAGCCAGUGUAUGGAGCUCAGCAUCCUCCAAGAAUUGAAAAACCUCUUAGCAAUCCUGGAACCCCAAAGAAGGAGGAUAAAACGAAACAAAGACCGAAAGAUUCCUUUCAGGACUUUGAGAUUAAAACAUCAGAUGCCUGGGAUGAUGGUGAUGAUGACCUUAUUCUUAUGGCCAACAUUCAGAUGUCACUGAAAGAUGUACAGUUGACAGCCCGUGCUGUACUUGAUAAGCAUAGCCGACAGCGCCAACAACAGAAUGGAGCCAGAGAAGAGGCUUCUGCUAUAUCUGCCACUGCUACAACUUCAUCUCCCCCAACACUUUCAGGGGGUCAUCUGACUGCUGUUCCUUCUGCUACUUCGUUGGGGGCAGGACCUGGUGUUGGAGUACGACUCAACAGUCACUGGCAGCCACCCAAAAUCACACCUUUGCGAAUAGGACAACCUCAUGUACCUGACCGGGAGGCGGCCAAAUUAGAGAAAUUCAAUGCCGUUUUGUCUGCACCAAAUACAGAUCUAGAAGAUUUACGGAGGCUUAGUUGGUCUGGUAUACCAAAAUCUGUGAGGCCGACUGCCUGGAAAAUUUUAUCAGGUUAUCUCCCUUCCAGUUUUGACCGAAGACAGCCAACUUUAGAACGGAAAAGAAAAGAAUAUUUUAGUUUUGUUGAUCAAUACUAUGACACUCGCCAUCAUAUAGAACAUCAAGACACUUUCAGACAGAUCCACAUAGACAUUCCCCGAAUGAACCCUUUAGUUCCCUUGUUCCAACUGAAGGUAGUUCAGGAAAUAUUUGAACGUAUCCUUUAUAUUUGGGCCAUUCGGCACCCUGCCAGUGGGUAUGUUCAAGGCAUCAAUGACCUGGUCACACCAUUUUUUGUGGUAUUUCUCUCAGAGUACAUAGAUAAUGAUAUUGAAGUGGAGAAUUGUGACCUGAGUGAAUUACCUGUGGAAACUUUGCAAAUCAUUGAGGCUGACAGUUUCUGGUGCACAUCCAAAUUGCUGGAUGGCAUUCAAGAUAAUUACACAUUUGCACAACCAGGGAUCCAAAUGAAAGUGAAUGCUCUUAAGGAGCUUAUCAAACGAAUUGAUGUGCCAUUACAUAAACACUUAGAGAAACAUAAUGUCGAAUUUCUCCAGUUUGCCUUCCGGUGGAUGAAUAACCUGCUGAUGAGGGAAAUUCCCUUGCGGUGUACAAUCCGAUUGUGGGAUACAUAUCAGUCUGAAAUCAAUGGCUUUGCUGAUUUCCAUCUUUAUCUCUGUGCUGCUUUUCUCACAAGGUUCUCAGCAGAUAUUCAACGAGAAAAAGAUUUUCAGGGCAUCUUGAUGCUGCUACAGAAUCUUCCAACUCACCAUUGGCAAAAUGAAGAGAUUGGAGAACUUUUGGCUGAAGCCUUCAAACUAAAAUACAUGUUUGCUGAUGCACCUAACCAUUUGCUGCAGAACCCCCCCCUCCCUCCCAAUAUUCUUUACAAAUGGAUCGUACCCUCCCUCUCUCUCUGUGACUGUUUCUUGCUCUCUUUCACUUUUGUUAUUCAUUCUCUUAGUGUAAACUUGUAUCCAUCUAUCCCCACCACUAAUUACCAUCUGUUUUUCCUCUCCCUGCUCCCUGAACUCACGUCUCCCUUUGUCCCCUAA